ACGCAAUAAAUGCGUGCGGCGGGUUACACGCGAGGGUUCUCACAUUGAUUUAACGGCAGACUGGUUCGCGUGCACUCAUUUUGCUCACGAGCCUCUACUAAGCUGCAUUCCAGUAGAGAAGCAUUUGAUACGGUGAACAAUGAUGGACGAGUGGGAUGAAGCGGAAACUACUGCUAGUACCAAUGCAGCAACCAGUCACACCUCCAGUGAUGGAGGCCUGUGGAACAAAGAGAUUGGCGACUUUGGAAGAGGUCGUGGUGGAAGAGGCAGACAAGGAGGAUUUCAAAACUCAUUUUCAGGUGGUGAAGAGACUACGAAUGAUGGGAACAGCUGGAACAGUAGAGCUGGAGAAAGCGGUGCUUCCAGGGGCAGAUCCAGAGGCAGAGAUGACAGAGUUCAUGAGUACGGGUUUAGAGGAGGAAGAGGCGGCGGAGAAGGUUUCAGACGAGGUGGUGGUGGUGACGGUGACCAGGGUGCAAGAGGCGCCUUUAGAGGAGGCUACCGUGGGAGAGAUGAGGAGAUCUUAACACAUGGGGGAGCUGACGAAUCAGAAAAGAGGGAUGACACGGAUGGUGAAAGACCAAAGGUCACUUAUGUCCCCCCAACACUCCCUGAAGAUGAAGACUCCAUCUUUGCCCACUAUGAGAAAGGCAUCAACUUUGACAAGUAUGAUGACAUUCUGGUGGACGUCAGUGGAUCCAACCCACCGCAGGCUAUCAUGACUUUUGAAGAGGCAGCGUUAUGCGGGACCCUGAGAAAAAAUGUCAACAAGUCUGGUUACAUCAAGCCGACCCCGGUGCAGAAACAUGGCAUCCCAAUUAUCUCUGCUGGCAGAGACCUCAUGGCUUGUGCCCAGACUGGGUCUGGUAAAACGGCUGCCUUCCUGCUCCCUAUUUUGCAGCAGCUAAUGGCCAAUGGCACUGCAGCCAGCUCAUUCAGUGAGCAGCAGGAGCCUGACGCCAUCAUUGUGGCCCCAACAAGGGAGCUCAUCAACCAAAUCUACCUGGAGGCCAGGAAGUUUGCCUUUGGGACAUGUGUGCGCCCAGUAGUGGUCUAUGGUGGAGUCAGCACUGGGCACCAAAUAAGAGACCUCUUAAAAGGGUGCAAUGUGCUGUGUGGAACACCGGGUAGACUGAUGGACGUAAUAGGAAAAGGAAAGGUCGGGUUGGCCAAGCUGCGGUACUUGGUGAUGGACGAGGCUGACCGGAUGUUGGAUAUGGGAUUUGAGCCUGAAAUGCGUCGCUUGGUGGGCUCCCCUGGAAUGCCGUCCAGAGAGAAUCGGCAGACUCUUAUGUUCAGUGCCACCUACCCUGAGGACAUUCAACGGUUGGCGGCUGACUUCCUCAAGACUGAUUAUUUGUUCUUGGCUGUGGGUGUGGUGGGCGGAGCAUGCAGUGACGUUGAGCAAACGUUUAUUCAAGUCACAAAGUUCUCAAAGAGGGAACAACUCCUUGACCUUCUCAAGACCACAGGGACGGCGCGCACCAUGGUCUUUGUGGGGACCAAGAGACAAGCGGAUUUCAUUGCCACUUACUUAUGCCAGGAGAAAGUCCUAACCACCAGCAUCCAUGGGGACCGUGAGCAGCGAGAGCGAGAACAGGCUCUGGCAGACUUCCGCAUUGGAAAAUGUCACGUCUUGGUGGCAACCUCCGUAGCAGCCCGUGGACUGGACAUUCCAGAUGUGCAGCAUGUGGUGAACUUUGACCUCCCCAACAACAUUGACGAAUACGUCCACCGCAUUGGGCGAACUGGCCGCUGUGGGAACACUGGGAGGGCUGUGUCAUUCUAUGAUCCUUGUGCUGACAACCAGUUGGCCCGCUCCCUCGUCACAAUCCUCUCUAAGGCCCAGCAGGAAGUGCCCUCCUGGCUAGAGGAGUCUGCCUUCAGCGGCACUGGAAGCGGUAGCUUCCAGCCGCCCAGGGAGCGCUUUGCCUCCACAGACUCCAGGAAGGGAGGGUCUUUCAAGGAUAUGGCUGCAUGGAGCCAGCCGGCUGCCCUGGGUGUAAAUGAUGAAGAUGAUGCCUGGGAAUAAAGAGCGAUGAUGGAGUGGCACACACACUCAACUCAACCAACCUAAGUUCUUUUACUGUUCAGGUGUUCAGUCUGUUGUAGUUUUAUCACAUUUCUUUUGAGAUGCUGGACCCUUAUGUAUGAUGGCUCUUCAGUGACUGUUUUAUUUUUUUUUAAAUCCUCUUCUAGCUAACAUGGUUAAGGAAACGUGUGUUUAUCCAAACUUUGAGGUCAUAUUUCAACAAUAUUUUCUUAUUGGGUUAAAGACUAUUAAAUACAUUGUUCAAAGCA